UGAAAAAAGAGAAGUGUUGCAAGUAAUACAUAGAAUUUAUUUUGACAGAUAAGUCAGUAGGCAUUUUUUUUUUUUUUUUUUGAAAAUGAGUUUCACCAAAGCUUUGUGGGGAAAAAAAACCAUACGUAGUACAUACUUCCUCUGUAAUUUUUUUUUUAUAGUUGCAACGAACACUUCUCUUUUCAUGCUUGUUGAGUUGCCAAUGCAUGUAUUCAAUCGUUUAUAACUUUAAUUACCAACAUGUAAAAAUUAUAAAUAAUUGAUAUUGAAAUCAUAUAAAUCGAUAAGAAUCUAACAAAAUCCCACAUGAUUAUAUUUUUACUUCAAUAUAAAUCGUUAAAACUAAUCAAUAUAUAAAUAGUGUAAAAGUUAAACCUUUGCAACUUAAAAAAAAAAAAAAAAAAAAAAACCGGAGAAGUAUGUAUUAGUUUCAAACAACCACAAGUGUAUGGGAAAACAGAGCAUUUAAAAAUAACACAACCAAGGUUACCAAAAAAACAACAUAUAGCCAAAUAGGGGCUAGAAUUGGAUGGAGCAAAUUUCCCACAAUUCCUGUAAAUUCGUCAACCAAUGGACUUUGUCAAAAUAAAAAAACUCUUUCCUUUCAAUUCUAGUUUUUUUCUUUCUCCAAAACAUUUUUAUUAUUUUGAGGCCUCUUUCAAUUUGAGGCUCUCCUGCCUUCACCUUCUAUUUUCCCACCAAAAAAAAAAAAAAAAAAAAUAACACACACACACAAAAUCAAACAAAAAUUGAGGGAAAAAACAAGGCAUAUCUAAAAAAAAAAAAAAAAAAAAAGGUUCAAACACCAUCAUGAUCAAAUCAAUGCAUUGGAUGAAUAAAAAAAACAGCAAAAAACAUUCACAAAUUAGAGCAAAAACUAAAAAUUGUUGAAGUUCCAAGAUUAUUAUUACCAUCUUCUUCCUCCUACAACAUUGUACAUAACAUUUUUGGCUAAAAGGUUAAAUGGCCAUUACAUCAUACCAAAUUUUGAACCCACUUUUUUUACAACCAUAUUUCCUUUUCAUGCUCACCUUAUUAUUUUCUUCACCAACACAAUCCAUAUCCGAUGUAGAAGCCUUGUUAAAGUUUAAAAACUCGCUUUCGACACCCGAAGCUCUCAACUCAUGGGAUCCAAACACCGGCCCUUGCCUAGACAAAAAUGCACGUUGGAACGGCAUUCUUUGUUUAGAUGGCAAUGUCAUUGGCCUACACUUAAAAUCCAAGGGAUUAUCCGGCAACAUCGACGUCGAUGCCUUGGCUAGUCUACAAGGCUUACGCACCAUUAGCCUUGAGGACAACGAGUUUUCUGGCCCUAUUCCGGAGAUUAAUCGAUUAGGAUACUUAAAGGCGGUGUACUUAAACAACAACAAUUUUACCGGACAAAUAUCUCCGGAUUUUUUCUUAAAGAUGGAGUCAUUAAAGAAACUUUGGCUAGCUAAUAAUGCCUUCUCCGGUGAUAUUCCAUCGUCGUUGACACAACUUCGUAACCUCCUAGAGUUACACCUCGAAAACAAUCAGUUUUUGGGUGAGGUUCCCCCUCUUAAGCAACCGCCUUUGGUGUCUUUAAACUUGUCUAACAACCAACUACGAGGCGAAAUUCCUAUGAGUCUUUUGCAUUUUAAGGCCUCUUCUUUUGAAGGAAAUCCCAAGCUUUGUGGUGAGGUUAUUGGGGUAGAUUGCAUUACUAUAAUUAGUAACAAUAAUCAGUCAACAUCCCAAAACUCGACGUCACCUCAAGGAGAGUUGAGUAAUCUUAAACAAUCUCACAAUAAUAAUCACUUUGUUGGGGUGAUUGCCUUGGUUAUGAGUAUUAUUUUGGUGCUUUUGUCCUUGGUGAUUAUCGCGAUUUUUGUUAUGAAGAAGAGAAGGGUGUAUAAAGAUGAUAUCCCUACUACAACCCAAAAUAAUGAUGACACUAAUUCCAUUGCCACAACCUCAACCACUACCGCUUCUAACACGAGAAGCAAAGACGGUGUACAUGUCAAUGAGAGGGCGAUAGAGGUAGGUGUGGAACCCAUUUUGCAAAAGAAUUCAAGCCAUUCUUCUACGUCUAGUAGGAGGAGUAACAACUCGGAAAAAUCAUCAAGAAAAAGCUCGGUAAAAGGAAGUAGCAAUCGCGGUGUGUCUAGUAGUGUAGGUGGAUUAGGGCAAGGAGAUCUUACAAUGGUGAAUGAUGAAAAGGGUGUGAUUGUGUUGGCGGAUUUGAUGAAAGCAUCGGCUGAGGUGUUAGGAAAUGGCGGUAUAGGUUCGGCCUAUAAAGCGAUCAUGGGUAAUGGAUUAGGGGUAGUAGUUAAGAGGAUGCGCGAGCUAAAUAGAUUGGAGAGUGAUGCAUUUGAUGUGGAGAUUAGGAAGUUGGCUAGUUUGAGACAUAGGAAUAUUUUGCCUCCUUUAGCUUAUCAUUAUAGGAAAGAUGAGAAGCUAGUUGUUUAUGAGUAUGUUGCCAAAGGCAGCUUGCAUUAUCUUCUACAUGGUGAUCGAGGAAUAUCUCACGAGGAACUAAAUUGGCCAACACGUCUAAAGAUCAUAAGAGGAACAACAGAAGGCCUAUAUUACCUACACUCUCAACUACAAUCCUAUGACUUGCCUCAUGGCAACCUUAAAUCGAGCAAUAUUUUGAUUGACACACAAAACGAGCCAUUGCUCUCAGAUUAUGGCUUUAGUCCAAUGACUAAUCCUAGUGUCGCGGCACAAGCCUUAUUUGGCUAUCGAGCCCCAGAAGCCAUACAACACCAAACAAUAUCUCCUACGUGUGAUAUUUAUUGCCUAGGAGUAGUCAUCCUCGAGAUCCUCACGCGCAAAUUCCCUUCCCAAUACCUUAGCACAACCAAGGGUGGCACAGAUGUUGUGCAAUGGGUGACCUCGGCUAUAGAAGAAGGUAGAGAAGUUGAACUGCUUGAUCCUGAUAUUGUGUCACAUUCGACGAGUUGUAAAGAGAGCAUGGUGAAGAUGCUUCACGUAGGGGUUGCUUGCACUGAACCUAAUCGCGAUAAAAGGUUAAAUUUGACUGAAGUAAGGGAGAGAAUAGAAAGGGUAUGUGUUCAAGGUGAUGGAGGUCAAGAUCUAAAGACUAUUGAUCUCUUGUAAAGUAACUGAUAUCUUAGAAGUUGUGUUUUGUGCAAAGUUCAAGUCAACACUGACCUCAAGCUCUUUUGAGUACCAUGAUGUAUUUGUAGACGACUGUAUCGAAAACAGUUCAAAGGGAAGCUCGGUACAUACGGUUCAGAAGAUUUCUAAUUCAACUCAACAUUUAGGUGUAAUUUGUUGUUGUAUCAUCUAUAAUUUGUAUACCAAGAUAUCAUCGAAUUCUUUUUUGUAACACGAAUCAUGUUACAAAACUUGUUAUUUUUAUA